ACUGUGCAAUGGUCCAAUAAUGGAGGCUAUUGAUGAAGAAUGGUCUGAUGCGAGGCGACUCUCAAAAGAAGAAACACUCCGUCUCAUUGAAACUAAAGUAUUAGAGCUUCUCCGUGCAGUAAAGCAAGGAGAGAAUCCGUCAAUGACUCUGGUGAAUCGUAGUGGCAGUAAUGCACUGAGGGAUAGAAGAGGUGUAUUACAUCUUGGACAGCACCGAACAACAAGGUACUUAUUCCCUCAGAGAGCUGUAGGCAGGACUGGUAGACUCAGCCUCCGAAAUGGAACUCAAUCAUUUGCAAGAAUUUGGCAAGCAUUAGCUCUUGUGUAUCAGCUAGUGCAAGAAGGGAAGACGGCUACACAGCGAGAAGCAUACUAUUGUCUAGUGAAACACUUUAAAUCCCAGACAGAAUUCAACAAUACAUUACAAGGCAUGCAAGCUCUGCGACUUGUUGCAUAUCAUAUGUACAUACAUUAA